AUGAGGAACGGGGGCAAGUCUGUGGCCCAGUCGCGGAGACAGCUCACGACUCACAAGAUAUCCUCCCAGUCUGCGCAUGAUCGCCUGGCAGCGCAGCGCCGAAACCGCCCCAUCGCUCCGCACAUGACGAUCUACAAAUGGCAAUACGUUUCUUCCGCAUCUGCGCUACACCGAAUCACCGGCCUUCUUUUAUCAGGUAGUCUGUAUGGACUUGCAACAAUGUACCUGUUCGUGCCAGCUCUCGGGCUGCAGUUUGAGUGGAGUGACAUGGUCACGGCUUUCGGGUCAUUGCCGGCAGGCUUAAAAGCAACCUUGAAAUUUGGGUCAUCUAUGCCAUUCACCUACCAUGCGUUCAACGGGGUGAAGCACUUGGUCUGGGAUUCCGGUCAUAUGUUAACUAAAGCGCAGAGUGGAAGGGCCUCAUGGGCGGUUCUGGCGUUCAGUAUGAGCACUUCCCUCGGGCUGGCUUUAUAUCAAUUUUAG